ACGGAGGAAAUGGAGGAGGGGGUGGAAACUGGAACGGUGAUGGUGGGUUUGGCGGUAAUGGAGGGGGAAAUGGAAAUUGGAGCGGCGGCGGGCCAAGCAGCAGCAACGGAGGUGGGAAUGGGGGUUGGAAUGGAGGUAACUAGAACGCUGGGAAUUGGAACGAUGGAGGCGGAAACGAAAAUGGUUGGAACAACGGAGGGAGUGCUGUGUUACAACUGUAACCAAUUUGGAGACAUCAGUCGAGAGUGUAAUGCUCCACGACAAACGAGCCACCACGGAGGAGGAGGAGGAGGAGGUCGCACCUUUCAAGAAGGAGCAAGUAGCUUUGGUACCUCGAACAAGCCUACGGCGGCGACAGGCCUGAGUAAGGAUUUGGAGGAGUCGCUAAAAAUGGUAUGCUUGUAUACCAACAGGAAGAUUGAGAAACAGGAGAAACGCGAGGCGAAGAUGAGAGAAGCAGAAGAAAGGAGGAAACGAGAAGAAGCAGAGAAAGCACUGAAAGAGGAGAAGAACCGUUUGGAGAUUGCGAAGCAAAAAGCCAAGGAUGACAAGGAGGCGAAGUGGGAAUGGAAAAUGGAGCAGCUAUUAGCCAAGCACAAACAGACGCUGCGUGAAGAAUUCAAGGUGAUGUUCAAAAAACGAUUGCGGAAUGCCAUCGUCUCUCAGAGAGCAGUGAAGGGAAAGGGCAAGAUGGAAUCCAGUGAGGAUGAGGAGGAGGAAGAGAUGGAGGACCGACUGGAGAAGAGGAAGCGCCAACCAGCUGUAUCAUGUAUGAUUAAUCCUCCGGAGGAAUCCCCAUCGAAGGUGGGGAAAGCCUCCACGUCGGUACAUCGAGGAGCUCCCGAGGAGCCGUCUCCAAGACUGGGUGUCCCGAGAAGAAGGAGCAGAGUGGAUGGCGAGAGGGAGAGGACGUAUCCUUACGUGGACUCCCCGCUAUGGGAGGGCGCCCCCUCAGCUGAUGAGUAUACGACAACAGUGGCGUUUAGGAAAGCGAUCCAAAAAUUUCUUGGCAAGAAACUGAAACCUACGAUUGAGGAGAUGUGCCGCGAAGUUGGCGUUGUGUAUCGCGGCAGACCCGAGGCAGUGGACGAACUGGUGGAAAUCAGAGUUAUGUACUUCAGCAUCGAUGGAAAUCAACCUCCAGCAGUAGCACCAAGACAAACAACUCCGAGGCAGCGAGGUGGCGGAGUAGUCAUUAGAGAAGUACGGGAGACCUUGCGCGGACUAUCGCCAGACCCGCCAGCUGACGUGCCUGCCCAAGGAGGUAAUGACUCCCGUAAUAACGGAUCGGUGGAAUGAACUUCGAAAGUGCCUACAGUUAUGUAGGUUAUUUAAUGUAGAUCCUAAUAUUGGGACCAAGAGGCUACGUGAGGUGCUGGAAUGUG